AUGGCAACAAUUGUUCAGUAUGGAUAUUUUGUUUUUGGUCUCUAUUCUCUUAUUCUUAUACUUAUUGGUACACCAUUAAAUCUUCUUUGCUUCUAUAUAUUUAAACGACAUAUACCUAAUCGUUCAAAUCCAACCAUAGUUGUUUUUUCAUAUCUAGCUCUUAUUGAACUUCUGAUACCGUUUACAUGGAAUCUAAAUUAUGUUGUACGAGAACUUAUAUGGAAAUGGCAAAAGAAUAUUGUACUUAAAAAUCUUGAACAACAUUCAUUAUUUGUUUGUAAACUUAUAUCUUACGGGGCUUAUUUUUUACUUCAAUGUGCUGCAUGGCUUAAAACAUUAGCAUCAUUUGCACGUUGUGUUUCAUUACAUCAUCAUUGGAGUAUAAGAAAAUAUAUAUCAAAAUCAAAUAUUAUUCAUCGUCUUAGUUGGAUAACUAUUUUUCUUAUAGGUCUUAUUAAUUCGCCCAUUUUGAUUAUCAAUGGAAAAUAUGUUAUUUCUAUAGAUAAAUAUAAUCAGACACAAAUGAAAGUUGCUUGUUAUCAAUCCGUAUUUUUUCAAUUUUGGGAAAUAGUUCAUUUAUUAUUAUAUAAUUUUAUUCCAUUUACAUUAAUGAUUUUAUGUAAUAUAUAUAUCAUUCGUCAUGUUCAUGCAUCUCGACGUCGUACAAAAAACUCGAGAAAAAGUUCGAAUGCUUUGAUACCACAAUCAUCAAAAAUAUUUUCUACAAAUCGAAGUUCAAUACCAAAUCAUGGUAAUCGUUUAACAAAAACAUUAAUAUUCAUAUCAAUAUUUUUCAUUGUAUUUACUUCACCUGCCGCUAUAUUUUAUAUUUUUUUUGGCAAAAAAGUAAAAAUUCAUCGAAAUUUAAUUACAAUGGGAUUAAGUAAUUUAGCAACAACAAGUCACGUUUCAUCAUUUAUUAUUUAUUGGUUAGCAUCAAGUGAUUUUCGAGAUGUUAUUCUCAGUCUUUUUUCUUAUCGACCAUUUAUUUCUCAAAGACAAAAAAUUGAAGAUAAACAAAACAAAAAAAAUACUCCUAUGCGAUCAUCAGCAUUACUAACGCCUUUAUCAAAUUCAAACAUUCAACGGAAACUUCCAUUGCUUCGAUCAACACAGUCUUUACACUAA